UUUUCCGAAAAGGACGAAAGGAAAAAUUUGCACAACGAUGUCGAUGCAAGACGACGACGAAAUGUCGGCGCGGACAAAUCAGGACACCAGUCUCUGUCGCGUCUGUCUGACUAUGAAUCAUUGCAACCAGUGCAUCUUUCGCAAAAAUUGGAACGAUCCAGAUAGUACGGAUACAUCCGAACUUCUCUCGAAAAAACUGCAAUUGUGCGGCGGGGUGGAGGUUCAGGAAGAUGAUGGUUUGCCUUCUAGCAUCUGUACCAAGUGUGAAAAAAAAAUUAAUAUUGCUUACGAAUUGAGGGAACAGUGCCAGAAAGCAGAUAAGGAGCUUAGAAAGCUCUAUGGAAUAACACUGCGCACAAAUAUUAUUAGCAACUUUAUUCUUACAAAAGAUCAAUGUUGUCAAACUGAGCAAUCUUUUAAUCUGGAUACAAUCAAAUUAGAGGACAAUAAAGAAUUAAAUAUGGAUAAUAGAGAUAAUAUAGAGAAGAAUAUCUUUAUGACAGAAUCAAAGAAUAUUAUGAAACAUGAACAACCAGAUAGUUUUAAUCAAACAGAAAAUAUUUUAGUAGAUAAUGUACCAGACUUAGAUUGUGUUAAUAAAUGUAAACAACAUGAUAAAAUAAUUAUAAAGGAAGUUCAUAGAACGAGAAGACUAACUAUGUUCAAAAGAGUUACAUCUAUGGAGAAUUUGAAGAAUCAUAAAGAAAGACAGAGAAGAUAUAUCAAAAAGAACGCAACUGUUAAACGAGAUAUCACCAAUAGUGAGUAUCAAACAAACACGAAAAAUAUUGAUAAAAAGGAUACUAUGUCAGAAUUUGAAUUGCGAUAUAAAUGUCCAAAAUGUGAUAGAUUUUAUUCCAGUAAAAGGUCUUUAGAUAAACAUACAUUGACUCAUGAUGAUAAAGAGUUCAAAUGUGAUAACUGUGAUAAGCAAUUUUUCUGUUUGGAUAAACUGCAUAAGCAUUUUAAUCUGCACAAAACGAAGGAAAAAUCAGAACCAGUGUUUUGCAGAAUCUGCAAUAAAAGAUUUAGAAAAACUGAUACUAUGGUUAGACAUUUGAAUGUCCACAAGAGAGCAAAUCCUAAGGAAGUUUUCUCUAUAUUAAAAGAAAUUCGAGACAAAAGAAAAUUAGAAAAUAAUAUAGAGUAUUCCGAAAUGUCACUUCAUGUCAUUGUCAAUAAGGAUGAAGAAAUAGUACAUGAAGAAAAAUCACAAAGCGUAAAAGAUAGCAUGAGAGAAUUAAGAAAACGUAACGCAAAAAAUGAGCAGAGAGAUUUGUUAAAUAGCGAUUCAAGUAAUGACAAAUUUAUGUCUUUUGACGAUACAUUGCUCUUUGACUGUAGAUAUUGCAGCAAGCACUUUACUAAUGAAAAAAGUCUUCAACGUCAUCAGUCAGUGCAUAAAAAAUUUAUUUGUAGCGUUUGCAACAUGAAAUUUUUUCGACAGGAUAGGCUUAAGAGUCAUAUGGAUCGGUAUGGUCAUGAUGAGAACAAAACAUGUUCAGAGCCGCAGAAACCACCUGACGAUAAAUCAGCCAUUAAGCUUAUAAACAGUUGGAUCAGGGAAGAAUUGGAUUCCGAUAACGAAGGUAAGGGUUUUCCCUGUAAGAUCUGUGGAAAAUCGUACGAUACAAAAAAAUCUUUAUUAAAACAUCAAAUGAAAAUACACGGCGGACAAGACGAAUAUUGCGCAAAUUGUGGUGCAAGCAGUGUUUGUAUUUGCGCGGAUAAGGACAAAGAUCAGGAAAAGAAUAACGAAAAAUUGAAGCUGUACACAUGCGAGGAAUGUAACAAGUCGUUCGAGAAAGAAAUCAAAUUGCAGAGGCAUUUGCGAAUUCACGAGCGCGCCAAGGAGCAGCAGGACACGAAUUUCAAACGUUUUCUCUGUCACAUAUGUAGCAAAACGUUUCGGCAAAAUACUGGUCUUAUGUUUCAUAUGAGAACGCACACGGGAUACAAGCCGCACGUGUGCAAGUACUGCGGCCGUGGUUUCACGUCCAACUCGAAUUGCAUCAAUCAUGAGAGAACUCAUACGGGCGAUCGGCCAUUUGUCUGUCAAUAUUGCAGUGCGGCGUUUGCCAAAUCAUGCACCCUCAAGGCUCACAUCACCACGCAUACUGGCGAGGCGAAUUACCAUUGUAAGACCUGCGGUAAAUCAUUUCGCCGACUGAAGUAUCUGAAGGAGCAUAGAUUCACGCACACAGGCGAGAAACCGUACGCAUGCAAGAUCUGUGGCACGGCUUACAGUCAUUCCGGCAGUUUGUUUGUGCACGAGAAAAAGUGUAAGGCGCAGUAUAGCAAUUAUCAAUCGGAAACCGUGCAAAACGCGCAGCAACAAACUAUUUACUGCGGCCAGUCGCCCCAGACGACCAUUUCCAGCGGCAUUUCUUCAGUUACGUCUUCUUCCUCGGUUAUUGCGCCCAUCAUCAUGACCACAUUGCCUCAAGCUCAUCUAAAUGUCAUCAACAGCACUCUGAAUGUACAGACGAACAAGGAUUACAUGGACGAUAUUCAGCGAAUAAACGCGCAUGAAACGAGUACAGCGACUACGGUUGUCUCAUCGGGUUUGCAAUCAAACAAUGACAUUUCCGAAAUGAGUUCCACUGUGAGGAGCUUUGCCAUUAUUGGGCAAAUGUUUCAUACAUAAAGGAAAACAAGAAAUGCAAAUUAAAACUCUACUGUGAUAAAUAUCUUUUUUUUUUUAAUGAGAUUUUUGGAAGGUAGUAUAACUCAUAUUUUACAUGCAGAUAUUCAUAUCUUAAUCUUUGAAUAUAAUCACAUAUUGAGUUUUCUCUUUCAUAAUUAACAUUAUGAUAAAUAUAUCUUGUGUAUCAUUAUGAUAUAAGGAAAAUAGGUGUGUAUAUUUAUAUAUAGAAUGUAUAUUUAUAUUUUAUAAUUAUUAGGGAUUUUUAUUAUAUAGAAUUUUUACAGCAGAAUUUUUAUUAACGAUAUUCUUAUAUAUCGAGUUUUUAUAUAUACAUAUUUGAAAUAUUUGAUGGUAUACGUUAUAUCAUUUAUUAAUGUUUUAAUUAUCACAUUGUUAUCAUUAUACAUAUGACCAUAUACAUAUGCUAAUAGCUCAUCU